UUUAAAACAGAAAUGGCGCUAAAACAUUUUCGUAAGUUGACGCUAAUAUUCGGUGCUAAUUAUCAAAGUAAAACAUUUGGUCAACCGGUUCGGAAGACUUUGGUUUCGGUAAAAUCCUACAGCGACUCAAGGGGAGGCGAAGACCCAGAAAGAGGUCAGACUGUGGUCACAGAGCGGAGAGGAUCCGUGGUCAUCGUGGCAAUAAACCGCCCAGAGGUGCGCAACGCGGUGGACCAGGAGACGGCGAAGCGUCUGCUGGACGAGCUGAAGGCCUUUGACUCCGACCCGGACUUGAAUGUGGCCGUCCUGCACGGGACAGGAGGGAAUUUCUGCGCCGGUUAUGAUCUGAAAAUGCUGGCCAAUCAAAAAGUCCCCCUUAAAUUGGAGCAAGAUGUCACCAAGGAUCCUGGUCCAAUGGGUCCGACCCGUUUGCAGCUGUCCAAGCCUCUGAUAGCAGCGGUGAGCGGUUUCGCCGUGGCUGGAGGUCUGGAGCUGGCUCUGCUGGCGGACCUGAGGGUGGUGGAGAAGAGCGCCGUCAUGGGAGUGUUCUGCCGCAGGUUCGGAGUUCCCCUGAUUGACGGAGGAACAGUGCGUCUGCCACGCCUCAUUGGUCUGUCCAGAGCGCUGGACCUGAUUCUGACUGGCCGACCGGUCGGAGCACAGGAGGCUCUGGCCUACGGACUGGCCAAUAGAGUUGUUCCCGAUGGACAAGCCUUACAGGAAGCUCUGCAGCUGGCGGAGCAGAUCAGCUCCUUCCCUCAGCAGUGUCUGCGCUCGGACCGCUCCUCGGCCGUCCACAGCUGCUACGAUGCUACGACGUUCACGCAGGCCAUGCAGUUUGAGUUUGACCACGGUGCUCCCGUCAUCCAGACCGAAGCGUUCCGCGGGGCGACCCAGUUCACCGCUGGGGCCGGAAGAGGAGGAAAGUUCUCCUGAAAGGAGCUGAAGGAUCUUCAGGUGAUCUAAGAGGCUUGUGACCCCAAAUAUUACC